CCUUGCCCCCACCCGCAGCCAAAUAUAAUCAAAUGACCUCUUUUAAUUAAUUACUAGACGAGCACCAAAGGGGACACAGAUCGCAUGCAGUAGCAGUUCACACUGCAACAUAAGCAGUGGGAGCAUCCCACCCACACAAGCAACGAGCAAUGACCAAGAUUAAAGCACUUCUCUUUGCUUUUUUUUUUGGCUGGAGGUUGUGCCGCUGCUGAACUUAUGGAGGGAAAAGGCUCUGGUUGCCACCAUUUUCUUACUUAUGGAGGGAAAAGGCUCUGGUUGCCGCCAUUUUCUUCCUUCCAGCAGAAGGAAGAGCCCCGAGUGUGGAGGGAAUGGUGAGCGUCAUGGAACCUCCUGCGCCUGCGUGCCUCCCCGAAGCCAUCCAGCCUACCUCCGCUCCAUUGCGAUGUCGCAAAGGACACCACCCCAUGGCCGUCGCAGAAGUCAGCACACCUCCAUCCACUCUUCCUGCUGUUCAUGGAGGCACCCCUCCACCUCCUCUGCACUCUGGAGAAGCAGCAACACCCACAACAAAUGUAGAUGAUGACGCCCAGGACUAUGCCCAGCAGAUGUUCGAGGAAUUGCCCAAAAGCAUGCCUGCGACUCCUGUUUGGAUUCCUCAAAUGGGUAUGAAAUUUAGUAGCGUUGAUGAAGCUUGGGAGUUUUGGGUCACAUAUGGUGGUAGGAUGGGAUUUGAUGUGCGGAAAUGUUACACAAACAAGAGUGGUCUUGAUGGAUUGGUAACGACCGGUAGGUUUGUUUGUUCCAAUCAGGGUUCUCGGGCUGAAAAUAAGAAGUAUUGUGUUGGCAAGCGUAAUCGAGCACAUACAAGAACAUGUUGUAUGGUUCGCAUGGGCAUUAUAUUGGAUAGAGAAAAUAUGACUUACAAAGUAUAUGACUUAUUUGUUGACCACAACCACAUUCUUCAGAUUGCACAAACAAGCCAUCUGAUGCCAUCACAAAGGAAUAUUUCUAAGCAUCAAGCUGUUGACAUCGAGGUAGAUGACGCUUCUGGUAUUGCACCUAAAGCAGCAUAUGAGUUCCUUGGUCGAUAUAUAGGUGGAUCAGCUUUCCUUGGGUUCACCCAUCGUGAUCAUAAGAAUUAUUUGCGAACUAAACAUCAAAGGGAGAUGUUAUAUGGUGAGGCUGGAAGUUUGCUAAAGUACUUUCAAGAUAAAGUUGUGGAGAAUCCUUCAUUUCAGUAUGCCAUACAAUUGGACUGCAAUGAACAGAUAACCAAUUUAUUUUGGGCUGAUGCAAAAAUGAUUGUUGACUAUGCCCACUUUGGUGAUGUCAUCACAUUUGACACUACCUUUGGAACCAACAAAGAAUAUAGACCAUUUGGUGUGUUUGUAGGCUUCAACCAGUUCAGAGAGACUGUGGUGUUUGGUGCAGCUUUGAUGUAUGAUGAGACAUUUGAGUCAUUCGAGUGGUUAUUCAAUGCAUUUUUUGCAACACAUAACCAAAAGCAACCUCAAACAAUUUUUACUGAUCAAGAUAGUGCAAUGGGAAAGGCUAUAACCAAGGUCUUCACUAGUGCAUGGCAUGGUUUAUGUACAUGGCAUAUAUCACAAAAUGCAGUAAAGCACUUGAGUUCUCAAAAGGAAGAAGAAUAUGAGAACGAAGAAGAGUUGGGUAUACUAUUAGAUUUCAGUUCCUGCAUGUAUUAUUAUGAAAAAAGGCUGAUUUUGAAGAGGCAUUUGCUGCUAUGAAAGAAAAGGUUAAAAAAUCAACUUGGUUGGACAGCAUUUACAUGUUGAAACAUAAGUGGGCUGAGUGCUACAUUUACACCUGAAGAAGAACGCAAGGUUGUAGUCAACCCUACUAGUCAAACUGUAUUGUGCAGUUGCCGCCUCUUUGAGAGAAUUGGUAUACUGUGUAGGCAUAAACUAAAAGGUCUCGAUUUGUUGAACAUUAAAUUAUUGCCAGAAAAAUACAUUUUGAAGGGAUGGACUCGAUGUGCAAGGUCAGAGAUUGUCCAAGAUAUGCAUGGGAGGAAUAUUGUGGAAAUCCUAAUUUUGAUGCUACACUUCGGUACAAAAAUCUCUGCCAAUUAUUUCUUCCAUUGGCUUCAAGAGCUGCAGAUUUUGAAGACUGCUACUUGCUUGUGGAAGAGGCAGUUCACAGAGUGAGCAAGCAGGUGGAAGAAAAAAUCAGAGGAACUCCUAACAUUGAUGCUAGUAAUACUACUGUUCAAGAAUCAUUUAGCUUACCUGUAGAAUUUGCACAUGUGACUGGACUGAAGAAGAAAGAAAAACAGACAGGUGGAUCAAAGCGAAAGAAAAGUUGGGUUGAGAAAUUUCAGAAGAAAAAGAUGAACAAAGCAAACAAGAAGAAAACAAGCAAUUCUAAGCACUGCGAGGAAAGCGGAAGUCUUGUGCCGAACUCUCAAGCAGUUGAUACAAAUAUCGAGGCCUCUCUGGAAGAUCAAGAAUACGAAUCACUUAGUAGAUUUAAUCAACUUAUUAUGAGCUCAAGUAUCACUUUAGAUGUAUGUAAUCCUCUUGGAGGGCUAGAUCGUUGGCAAUUUUAGCAUAACAUAAAUGUCAUGUAUGGAAGACAAGAUGAACUCUACUGAUGGGUGGUGGGAGCUUUUGUAUAUGAAAGUAGGAACAAAGAAUGGCAUAUGCUCUUUUGUUAAGGUUUUGUGUUUGGCAGCUUUUGGCUUAACCACAUCUCAGUUUAGGCUAAUAUUUGUGCAUAUAGGAUUUGUGGCCACCAACAAAAGACAAUUUAGUUUGUGGCUGUAUCUUCUGUAUGCCUGAGAAGUGAAAAUUGACCAUGCUUUAAUUAUGAUUUCUUUGCUGCUACCA